GACGUGUUUUGUGGCUAUAAUUGAAUGACUGAUGAGUUGUUCAAAGUUUUGAUUACAUUAGCACUCGGUUUAAGAUAUCCGUUGAUUAGGACACCAUUGGAUCAGAUCGAUGGCCAACACGUUUCAGGACUUCAUCGAAAGCGCCGAAGAUGUGGACGGAAUCCGAUUCGAUUGGAAUGUAUGGCCGCAGACCAGAGUGGAAGCGGCGAAGAUUGUGGUGCCGUUGAGCUGUCUGUUCACACCUCUCAAGGAAUCCGUGUCCAGACCUCUGCCGCAGAUACAGUACGAGCCCGUCCUCUGCACGCGACAGAACUGCAGAGCAGUUCUCAACCCUUACUGUCAGGUGGACUUCAGGGGUCGGAUGUGGAUCUGCAACUUCUGCUUCAACCGCAACGCCUUUCCCGCGCAAUACGCGGCCAUCAGUGAGACGUGUCGUCCGGCAGAGCUGUCGUACUCGACGCUCGACUACACGAUAGUGAGGGCGCCGGUGGCCUGUCCUCCCAUUUUCCUGUAUGUGAUCGACACGUGUCUCGACGAGGAAGAGCUGACAGCACUGAAGGGAACCAUUCAGAUGUCGUUAUCACUGCUUCCGGCGAACGCUUUGGUCGGACUUCUGACGUUCGGCCGAAUCAUCAGUUUAUGGGAACUCAACGAAAACUGUUUGCGAUCCUUCGUCUUCCAGGGCAGCAAAGACUACACCGCCAAACAAAUCCAGGAGUGGCUCGGAUUGAAUCCCACAGCCGGACAGACACCACACCCGCAACAGCCGGCAAACCCACAGCAGCCAAACGCUCCCAAAAACAAUGCCUCGAAGUUCUUGCAACCGGUGUCUGAAUGUGACUCAAUCCUCACGGAUAUCAUCGAACAGAUGACUCGUGACCUCUGGCCCACCCCUCAGGGCAAACGCCCGAUGCGAGCGACCGGUGCCGCGCUGUCUAUAGCGGUGAGUCUGCUGGAAGUGGCGUACCCUAACUGUGGCGCCAGAAUAAUGCUGUUCAUCAGCGGACCGGCCACUAUAGGCCCCGGAAUGAUCAUCGACGACGACUUGAAGAAUACCAUUCGCUCGCAUCACGACAUCGAGAAGGAUCAGGUGAAGUACAUGAAGAAGGCCACCAAACACUACCAGGCGUUGGCUCAGAGGAGUGCCGUCAACGGCCACACCAUCGACAUCUACGCCAAUGCUCUCGACCAGACGGGUCUUCACGAAAUGAAGUACUGCGUCAACUCGACGGGUGGGCUCAUGAUUAUGGGCGACUCGUUUGACUCCAGUCUCUUCAAGACAUCCUUCCAGCGAGUGUUCGCUAAGGAUUCGCAAAACCAGUUGAAAAUGGCGUUCAAUGGCAUCAUCGAAGUGAAGACAUCGCGCGAACUCAAGGUGUCGGGUGCUAUCGGUUCGUGUGUCAGUAUGAAUGUCCGCAAUCAGUACGUCAGCGACACUGAGAUCGGAAUCGGCGCCACCGCUCAGUGGAAGUUCUGCUCAUUGAACCCAACGGUGACGACAGCCAUGUAUUUCGAUGUC